AUGGCUGCGGGCUCGUCCAGCCUGAGCUUGGGGGAUGAGCUGAACUGCCCGAUAUGCCUGGAAAUCUUCAUCGACCCGGUGAUGCUGGACUGCGGUCACGACUUCUGCCGCCAGUGCAUCCUACAGUGCUGGGAGAGGGAGAAGAAAGCCUUCUGCCCGGAGUGCGGCGAGGUGUUCCGCGACAAGAACCUCAAGGCCAACCGCGCUCUGGGCGUGCUCUCCAACAAGAUCCGCAACCUGAACACCAAGGACCCGGUGGACCCCAGCAAACCCUUCAACCCCUUCUGCGAGGAGCACCAAGAGGAGCUCAAAUUGUUCUGCGAGACCGACAAGAAGCUCAUCUGUGUGAUGUGCCUGGACAGACGCGACGGCCGCAGCCACAAGGCGCACAACUUCAUGCUCAUCAACGAGGCAGUGGAGAUCUACAAGGAGAAGAUGAGGGCCAAUCUGCAGUCUCUGAACCAGAAGAAGACCUCGGUGCAGAACGUCCUCCUCAAACAGCAGCAGAGUAUCUCAGAGAUCCAGGAACAGUCCAACAACCUACAGAAGCACAUCACGUCGGAAUUUGCCAAACUGCGCACUGUCCUGGAUGAGAAGGAACGCUUGCUGGCCAAAGAACUGGCCGACCAGGAGGAGGACAUCCUGAAGAAGAUGGAAACCAACCUCCGGGACAUUCAGGAGCACUUGAAUGAGACGGAGGAGAAAUUGUCCAAUGUUCAGACUCAACUCACUCAACAAGAUGCCUUUAUCUUGUUGAAGGAGGAUCCAGACAAGGGGAAGAGUGACAGUAAUUAUCAGACGACAGUGUCCGAGGGCAAACUCCCGCUGGGGUCAUUCAAAGGACCGAUCCAGUACAGAGUAUGGCGGGACAUAAUGGAAGUUAUUAACCCAGCUCCCGCCUCUCUGACUCUGGACCCGAGCACAGCCCAUCCGUCGCUCAUCCUGUCCGAGGACCGCACCAGUGUCAAACUCGGAGACAAAGUCCGGGCGGCCUCGGAAGCACUGGAGGUGCCCGACCGUGAGCUCAGCGUUCUGGGAGCCAUGGGAUUCUCAUCGGGGCGCCACUACUGGGAGGUGAACGUGGGCAGCAAGACUGCGUGGGACCUGGGCGUGGUCAAAGAUGUCAUCCGAAAGCGGGGCUCAAGAUCAGCGCAGGACACCGGAUACUGGGUUUUGACCUUAAAGAAUGGAAGUGAAUAUUGGCUUUCGACUUCAACCCCCACGCGCAUUUCGGUAAACUCCAAGCCCAAGAAGGUUGGGAUGUACCUGGACUAUGAAGGUGGACAAUUGUCCUUCUACAACGCGAGCAACAUGUCCACACUCUUCACUUUCACUGACAAUUUCUCCGGCAAGAUAUUUCCUUACUUCAGUCCAGGUGGUAAUGAGGACAGGAAAAAUUCGGAACCUCUAAUUAUCGUUCAGUUCAAGAACCAUUAA